CUUCCUCCAUCAACCAUGAUUCUACCAGUACUUCUCUUUCUCCUUGCUUUCCUUAACAAAACUCCUUCUAGCAAUGCAUCUUCAAGGUCAAAUGAUGUAUCCGCCUUUAGCCACUUCAGUUUCCCUACCUUCACCAAUACAAGCUGCGAUGAUGGUGCUCUGAUAUGCAUGGGAUCAGUUACUAGCAAAGACGGAUACUUAAGCCUCACACCGGAGCCGGAAGACGAUCCCUCUGCACGAGGGAAGAUUGCUAGGGUUCUAUUUAAGCAUCCCGUGUUUGCAUGGCCGGCAACCAUCGCCACCACCUUCACCAUCAACAUGAACACUUUCCCUAGUUCUAACACUCCAGCCGAUGGGAUUACGUUUAUUAUGGCACCGGAUUCUAAUCCCCCACCACUUGGUAGCAAUGGGGGAUAUCUCGGACUCAUGAAUGCUACAUUAGAUGGCAACGUUGUUGGUCAACUAGCAGUGGAGCUGGACACUUUCAAGGACAACUUUGAUAUAGAUAACAACCAUGUUGGUAUCGACACUACGAGCAUAACAAAUCCACUUGUAGCAAAGUCUCUCUCUGCUAAACUCAGCAGUGGAAACGAUAUUAAAGUCAGAAUUGAUUACAGUCCUAUAGGAGAAAUAUUGCAAGUAUCAAUGGCACCCGUAAAUGAAGAAAUGUCGAUUGUUCUCAGUCAAUCCAUUAAACUGUCAGAUACGGUUCCAAAAUCCAUAUAUGUGGGCUUCACGGCUUCCACAGGAGAAUACAGAGGUACUCACAGGAUUCUCGAUUGGGAAUUUACAUCUGUGGAUAGUUUGGAGACAACUGAUGCCACCAACGUUGGACGUGGUAUUUGGAAUAUAAUGAAUAAAGCAUAGGAGCGGCCAUGUUUAUUAAAUUUCACUCCUAAAAGAGAGAGCGUACGUAUAUAUAAAUAAGAGAGUGAAAUUCUGAGAUGGACGUCUAUCCUUUGAGCAUGUAAUGUAAUGUAAUGUAAUAAAUAAAUAAAUGAUCCAUGAACUACACGUAUUGUCUA